UUCGGACUGCGAACCAUUGCCGAUUGCAUUUUGCGGCCACAUUGGAAAUACCUAUUUUAUACUCGUUCCUCGUCGAUCAUUCUUCACAAAAGUAAUCUGCGCAGGUGUGGACCGAUAUCAGUCACUAUGACAAAAGCUAUGGUGUGCCGGGUUACGUUUUCUUUAUACUUCAGAGACAGUGCAGGACGUUACUAAUUCGAAUAAGGGUUCAAGUACUUGCAGCUCCCGAUUACGUACAAUCAGUGAUUACCGGACCGAUAGACAUGGAAAAACGAAGGGUUAAUUAAGUCGGACAACAUGAGCACUGCCGAUUUGUGGGUGAGAGAAUUAGGAGCACGAUACGGGCUUGUAUUGAUCAUCGUGAUCGUCAUCGCUACGUGGGCAUAUUCGAGAUGGUCGAAAGUUCGUAAGGUUUGGUACCGAGAUCACCUCGUCGGAUUCGAGACAGAAUGUUCGACUUUGGCCAGAUUCCACAAACGCCGACUCUUCGAGCCUCUGCAUAGUCUAGUUUCGGCCGACAGUGCUCUUCGCGAUUUGGGACGAAUUCGGAUCCUUGAGAUUGGCGUUAAGACAGGUGAAAAUAUCCCAUUCUACCCAGAAGCCUGUCACCUAAUAGGGGUGGACUGGAACAGAAAAUUGGCCGACUAUCUCUUUCACGACGACUACGCCUGGCGCUUCCAACACGUCUUCGUCGAACGGACUCUCGUCGGCGACGGAAGUCGUCUCAGCCGCGCGAUACCUUCCGAAAGUAUCGACGCCGUUGUGACAACUAGAACAUUGUGCUCGGUCAAAUCACCUUCUGCCGUACUUCGCGAGAUUCGGCGAGUUCUAGUGCCGGGCGGUGCAUACUUCUUUAUGGAACACACGCCAGACCCUGAACGAGGCACGCUUAUUUACUGGCUACAAGCAUUUUGGUCUCGAUCCAGAAUUUGGCCCUACCUCUACGGCGGUUGUCGACCAGAUUUCGACCCAGUUAAAAGCAUUGAAUCGGCUGGCUUCAAGGAAGUUCGCUGGGGUAGAGCAACUCUACACGGCGACGUAUCAAAACCCCAUCAUCUUGCCCUUACUCGUCAUCACAUGAUCGGUACGGCAAUUCGAUGA